UGUCUUCUCUGUUCUGCUGUGCUGACGACAUUUCCGGAGUUACGCCCGGAGUGACUCCAUUUUACACGAAAACAAUCUUUGGGGAAGAUAUUUUUAUUCGGGCUGAUUGAGUGCAUCCACCUACCGCUGCCACAUUCCUCGUGCUGAAAUUGUAUGUCUGAUGAGUGCGGAGACUGUCUGGAGAGCAACAUGAAGGAUACUUAAACAGUUUAUCAACCAUGAAUCAAGUCUAAGGAAGGAAAAUAUCCCUGUCAUUGAACAGGACAACCGGUGCAGUGUGAUUUUCCUGUUUCAGAGUUCAAGCGCUGCUUUAUUAUGAACCAUGGACCAGGGUACAGUUGACAGCCCCGUUACUCUUGUCAUCAAGGCACCCAACCAGAAGUAUGAUGACCAGACCAUUAAUUGUUUUUUGAAUUGGACCGUAGAAAAGUUGAAAAAACACAUAUCCAAAGUGUAUCCUAGCAAGCCGUUAUCCAAGGAUCAGAGACUUGUCUAUUCUGGACGGCUUCUUCAGGAUCACUUGCAGUUGAGGGAUGUGCUAAGAAAGCAAGAUGAAUACCACAUGGUCCACCUGGUGUGUGCGUCACAAAGCCCCCCGUCAUCCCCCACUUCCGGCAGCCCUGUUAGCACCACCGAUUCCAGCUCUUUAACAUCAGACAGUGCUGGUCCAUCCUCCUCAUCUUCUACCCCUAGUCAGGAAACUUCAGCCAACUCUGAUGGUCUACGGUACCGGGGGAACCCAACACAAACACACGGCCUCAAUCCUGCUCCUACUGGUGUAAUGCAGAGACCUGAAGGAAUGCCUCUUCCCAUGCAAGGUGAUCCCGCUGCUGGCUUCCCCGCCCAUCCUAUGUACAUGCCGAUCCAAAUGUUUUGGUGGCAGCAGAUGUAUGCUCGCCAUUAUUACAUGCAAUAUCAUGCAGCCAUGGCAGCCUCCCGGGCAUCCAGCGUGGCCCCCUUUCCCGCUCCCAGUGCUGGCCCCGCCACUCAGCCAGCUCUGCCUAACGAACCUGCAGCCCCUAUGGGGCCCAACCCUGCCCCUGAGGACCGCCCUGCCAACCCCAACAUCCAGAUGAAUGCUCAGGGAGGAGCCAUGUUGAACGACGAUGAGCUCAACCGAGACUGGCUGGACUGGAUGUACACAGUGUCACGUGCUGCCAUUCUGCUCAGCAUUGUCUAUUUCUAUUCCUCCUUUGGCCGCUUCGUUGUGGUGAUCGGUGCCAUGCUGCUGGUUUAUCUGCACCAGGCUGGCUGGUUUCCCUUUAGAGCAGAACUACAGAAUCCAAUAGCUGGAGAAGGUCCUCAGGACGAGGCUGAGCAAAAUCAGGAUAUGCAAGAGAUGGAGCGUAUGAUGGAUGAGGGAAUGGAGGAUGAUGAGGGGGACAGCGGGGAGGAAGGUCCUGAAGAUCCCAUGAACGCAGACCCGCAUCAGCCGGGCUUCCUGUCGGCCGCUUGGUCAUUCAUCAGCACUUUCUUCACCUCCCUCAUCCCUGAGGGACCUCCACAAGCUGCCAACUGAACUUGGAUGUCUCCACAUUGUCCGUGGACAGUGGAGAGAAGAAAUUGACAAUAGACAUAAAAAAAAUAAUAAUAAAAUACAAAAAAAAGUACAACAUGGUCUGCCAUGUCCUGGAAAGUCUGUAAUGCUGCUUCAAUGGUGUUCAUUUUUCCCCCAAUGCUUUUCUUCCCACCUUUGUCAACAAGUCAGAGUGAGGUUUCAUGGAUGUGCUGUCCAUAUUGUUAUGAAAGACUUGUUUUCUCAAGACUGGUUGAUAAACAUGUAAGACUUAGUGAAUCAUGCAGUUACUUUAGUGCAUAACUAUUUUUCUCUUCCUUGUGUGUAAAUAAAUAGUAAAUAUUUACAGAUAUGAAUAUAUGCAUCUCGUUGAAAUAAGGUGUGUUUUUGAAUAAAAUCAGGUUUUGGUUUCUUAUCA